CGUCUGCAAAGUACAAUGGUUGUUAUGUAGUUUAUGUUGUUUCUAUGUUUACUUCGUGUAUAGGGGAGUGAUUGGUUUUGAUGUCAUAAUUACUUCUGGUGACAUCACAGCCUUCUUUUGUGUCACAGUAGCGUUAGGUGAUUUUGAUGUUACAACAAUAAGCUUUGAUGACGUCACAGUCGGUUUUGAUGAUGUCACAAUUGUUUUUUUGACAUUUGCUUCAGUUUGACCGUCAGGUGUCGCAGCUUUGGCGGGAGCUGUAAACAUAGAAAUGUUAGAAAUAUAAAUAAUAUAGAAAUAGCAAUAUACUAACUUUUAGCUUCUUUAUAUCCCAAACGUUGAAGAUAGGUCUUGCUGUUUGUAAGGUUGUUGUUCGUAGCUAUCAACGCUUUCCUGUAACAAUGGUUGUUAUUACGUCACUAGUAUAUGACGUGAUUUAUUUAUACCUGACGUCAUCAAUAUUCGCUUGUGGAUAUAACAAUCGUAGCAGUGUGACGUAAUGAGUUUUAACAAUCACCUGUCAAUCAACAAAUUAAUCAAACUCUUUGACGUCAUACUAACGCAAGUUACCUGUGACGACUAUAUGACGUAACCUUUGUGAUGAUACAACAAACCAAUGUCUAAAAGUGUUCGAAUACUACGUAAACUACGUAACAAUCAAGAUGUUAUCGAAGAACUUACAACUCUAGCACUUACUCAUUGUGAUAUAUUUGUUUGUAUUAUGACGUCACAUGCGCGUUUCUGUUAAAUAUUAAUUUCUGAAAUAUUUGGUGGGGAGGAAUAAAUAGCGACUGUAAUAUACUAUUUCUAUGCUGGAUUCAUGGGUAUUUAACCGUGACGAAAGUAACUCAAGCAUGAAAUAUUUUUGCGUUUUGAUUGGUUGAGGGAAAUGUUGUAGAAUUUGGCAACAAACAGGGGAUUGUGAUGUAAUAGCCAACCAUAAAGACUUUGUGACGUGAUAAUGGACGAUAUAGACUUUAGUGACGUAAGUGAUGAAGUCAUAGACUUAGCGACGAAUUACGCGGAUAAAUAUGUUGAUUAUGUUGAGAAUUUACCGUUUGAUUUGCAACGAAACGUCACAAGAUUGAGGGAAAUUGACUGCACUUGUCGAGAGGUGGUCGGCGAGAUUGAAUCGCUUUACGAUGGAUUUGCGAAUGACGGGGAAACAAAAAAACGAUCGGGUUUGGUUCAAAUUCAACGAUUGUUGGGUCGUUGUCAGGAACUUGGGGAUGAAAAGAUAUUUAUUGUUCAGCAGAUAAACGAAAUGAUUGAGAAUCGGAAGAAAAGUCUCGAACAUUCAAGUUAUCGGUUCAAGAUAUCGUAUCGCCCCGAUCAAAAAGAUGAGUUUCGUCGCGAAGCUAAUAAAGUUGACAAUCAUCGCUCGAAACGAACUCGACGCCGACAAAAUCAAUAUCAAGAUAAGGUUAAAUACUCCAUGAUGGAUUCUGGGUUCGCCAAGAGUGGUAACCACGGUAACGGAAGUUCGGCAAACCAACCACUGGAGGUCAGGAAAGAGCAAUCGAGGACAAACAAAGACGAGACGCAGAAAAGUGAAAAGGUCGAGAAAAAAGAACCAAUCUCCAUGGCAACCACUAUAGCACUCCCGGUGGCUGUUGUGUCAACUUUGAAAUCUACGACAACUAAACCAUCAACAAAAGUUACAACUUCUUCCAAACCUUCCACGUCAAGUUCUAACGGUUCAAACAAAUCGAUCAAUAAAGGAAAAAAGAAAAAGAAAUCUAGCAGGCCCCAACUUGAACGAAUGUCGACUCGCUCUCCAUCGCCUCAAGUGGACGUCCCGAUUGACCCCGACGAGCCAACUUACUGCGUUUGCGAUCAAGUAUCUUUUGGACAAAUGAUUGGUUGCGAUAAUAAGAAGUGCCCCAUCGAGUGGUUUCAUUUCUCAUGUGUUGGUUUAACUCUGAAACCGAAAGGUCGUUGGUAUUGCCCCGACUGCCUGCGAGACAUGAAGUGCAAAAAGAAAAGGGAAAAAUAAAGUUUUCAAAUGUAGAACAAUCGAUUUUGGAAAUAUUCAAAUGUUUCUUAUUAUUUUGUAACACUCCCCUUUAUUGAUUAUCUGUGACGUCAUAAUCAGCUGGUGUUUCACGGAUCGAUGAUUUCGAUUGUCAUGGGGAAGUACGUCACACAUGAUAAUGAGCAUUAUGACGUAAAUAAUGUUUAAUAAUAUAGCGGUCGUCGCGGUUUUAUUCAUUUAAAAUAAUAUCAUUGCCAUGUUUAUUGUUACGUCAUAGAAGCGUUUGUCAUCGAUAGUAGGGUAUUGUUUUAUAACAAA